AUGAGCAGUUUAACCCAAAGAAUAUUACUGGGAGAAUUUGAUGGAUCUUCCUCCGAUGAUGAUGAGAUUGCAAUGGCGCAAUUGAACAUGGCCAAGCAAUACCGAAAAUUUCAAAGAAGACGCCAACAAGGAGGUCAUGUUGGUUUUACAAUCGGUCGAGCCUGGAUCCCCCGUGACAGAGUUGUUACCGACCAACGACUCAAUGCUGAUUACUUUUGUGAGUAUCCGCUCUAUGACGAAAAGUUGUUUCAACAACGUUUUCUAAUGAGUCGACCCUUAUUUUACAAGAUCUUGGGUAAACUCCAACAACAUGACGUGACGUUCGUCCAAAGGAAUGAUGCGACGGGAGCUGCAGGUCUUUCUGGUAUCCAAAAAAUGACAGCAGCUCUGAAGAUGAUGGCAUACGGGACGCCUGCUGAUAGUCUUGAUGAGUAUCUCAAGAUUGGGGAAAGUACAGCAGUUGACUCUAUUCAAAGCUUCUGUAGAGACGUUAUCUCCAUUUUUUGA